CGGAUCAAAUUGAUCAACAAAAAUGAAGAAAAAAUAAAAUAAAUUGAAAAGGAAAGGGUGAGAGAGAGAGAGAGAGAGAGAGAGAAACCCUAGAAUUCGAAUUCUUUUCAUUCUAAAUCCUUUUGGUGCCUUGAUUGAUAGCCAUCGGCAUCGGUUCCGGUGGUUUCUUCAUCGCAGUUGCAGCUGCGAAAGUGGAGAAGUUCUUUCCCGGGGGUAUUGCACGGUGAUAGAGCUGGGGUGGGUGUGGGAGAAGUUGACGGCAAUGGGGGCCGCGGGGUCCAAGCUCGAGAAGGCCCUUGGCGAUCAGUUCCCCGAAGGCGAGAGGUUCUUUGGCCUCGAGAACUUUGGGAACACCUGCUACUGCAACAGUGUCUUGCAGGCACUUUAUUUUUGUGUCCCUUUUCGGGAGCAGUUACUUGAAUAUUAUGCAAAUAACAAGAAGCAAGCUGAUAUUGAGGAGAACCUUUUGACAUGUUUGGCAGACCUAUUUAGUCAGAUCAGUUCCCAGAAAAAGAAAACUGGUGUUAUUGCUCCAAAGCGUUUUGUACAAAGAGUGAAGAAAGAAAAUGAGCUUUUCCGGAGUUACAUGCACCAGGAUGCUCAUGAAUUCUUAAUUUUCUUGCUUAAUGAACUUGUUGAUAUCCUGGAGAAGGAGACUAAUACUGCAAAUGGUUCCCUUGAACCCCCACCACCCCUGGAAAAUGUUGCAAAUGGGCGACUUCAUCCUCAACCCAAUGGUACUCACAGGAAACCUCUUAUCACGUGGGUUCACAAAAAUUUUCAGGGUAUUUUAACCAAUGAAACAAGAUGCUUACGGUGUGAAACUAUCACAGCCAGGGAGGAAACAUUUUUUGAUUUAAGCCUUGACAUUGAGCAAAAUAGUUCUAUUACAAGCUGCCUGAAAAACUUCAGUUCCACAGAGACUCUAAAUGCAGAGGAUAAGUUCUUCUGUGAUAAAUGUUGCAGUCUGCAAGAAGCUCAGAAGAGGAUGAAGAUAAAGAGACCGCCGUCUAUCCUGGUUAUCCAUCUAAAGCGCUUCAAGUAUAUUGAGCAACUUGGCCGAAACAAAAAGCUAUCAUAUCGGGUUGUAUUCCCCAUGGAAUUGAAACUGAACACAGUGGAUGGCCCCGAAACGGAGUACUCCCUGUUUGCAGUAGUCGUCCAUGUUGGAAGUGGAACAAACCAUGGUCACUAUGUUAGCCUGGUCAAGAGCCAUAAUCACUGGCUGUUCUUUGAUGAUGAGAAUGUCGAGAUGAUUGAUGAGUCCAGUGUCCAGACAUUCUUUGGAUCUGCUCAGGAAUUCACUAGUAACACUGAUCACGGCUACAUUCUGUUCUACGAAAGCAUUGGUGCAAGAAGUUGAAGAAAAUGAUAUGCCAUUUGUGAUCAUUUCAGUGUACAGUUCAUGGCGAGGAACACCGAACACCAUCUUCGCCGUAAUAAAAUGCUGAGUGCAUGUGGUUUGCCUGACGUUUACAGGGUGAAUCCUUUCUUUUAUUUUAACAGCAUGUUAAACAUUAUAAUAUCAGAUGUGAUUGCUCCCAAGAUGUUUUUAGCUUGGAUGCAGUGUCAUCUGUAUUCAUUUAUGAGAUAUUGUUAUCUGUCAAACACACACAAUUAUGUCAUUUAGUUAUCUUUGCUAGUGAAUUACUCCUUAACAUCAAUAUCA